ACCUGAAACGACCUUGUAGGAACGUUCGCUCAUUGCAUCUUGCAUCACUGUCGUCGACGAGCUCCGCCACAGCAAGGUUUUAGCGACAAAGGACGAAGAUGGCAUUUAGGUUAUGACGUUUAAGGGACACACAAGCUGCAAGUUUUAGUUUUCCGUGAACAUUGGAUUCAGCAGAGGUAGCAGCAAACGACACAGACAGGUUGACAAGUUGUUGUGCUCAUCAGAGAGCAUGAGUCAAACCAAGGACCCAACCAAAGCCCUCGGGUUCACACAGAGGUCUUUUGUGGGGAUGACGCUGUCAGAAGAUGAUUUUGGUAUCCCAGCCUCUCCUCCUUCAGCUGGGGGUCCCUGGAAGCUGACGGUUCAUCGUGACAUCAGUCCGCCACGGAUCAAAGCCAAAACUCCAGAUCCUUCAUUUGCGUCAAAGAGCUUAAGUGUCCCAGAUGUAUCACCUGGUUUAAGUCGAAGAGCAUCAUGUCCAAACUUUGACAUCCCUGAGUUUAGUGUGGCUCCCCAAGAAAGAGGUCGGCUGAUGACUAAAAGACCGAGCAUUAUUUCUCAGACAGUGCUGGACAAGUUCACCCCACCUGCAGGUAUUAAGAGCAAACAGAGAUCCCCAUCAGUAAUAGAUGAGCAGAUUGAGUAUAAUGUAACCGAUGCUACAGACAGUGUUGGUGUGGUGCAGUCAAGUGGAAAUCCCAUUGUUCCAAAUGUUGUUUUACCAGCAGCUGAAUUAGGGGCCAAGAAGCAACGGCCUGGCUUUCUUGCUUCAAGAAUGGCUUCUUUUUUCAAAUCGGACAGCACAUCUAACACAAAAAUCCCUUCUAGUGAAGUGGAUGGUGUAUCCCCCGUAACAAACGUGAAAAAGUCAUAUCUCGUGAAACGGGCUGCAACCAUGACAAAUACUGAUGUGAAUGCCAUGGCACCUUCAUCUAUGUAACUGAUGAUGUAACUGACGAUGUAACUGACUGCUGCAAGCACACAUUCUUAAUCUUUCGGGUUCCAGGAAAAAGUUUUCAUUUUCUGCCAUUUAAAACUGCAGAUAUGUUAUUUCAAAGGAGUUCUUUUUCUUAAUCGGUGUACAUAGUUUUAUGUGCAGUUUUGUAAAUAAUUUUUCAUGAUAUUGACCAAGUACUAUGUUAUAUGUAGAAAUUGGUCCAAUCUGAUUGGCACAAGAUACAGAUGAUGACAAUUACACAAGGUUUGGUCAUCACAUCGUUCCGGUCCAGGCUAUGGGUAGGCCAAUGUGUUCAUGAGCACAUUUUGUAUUUAUAUAGUCAUAAGACUUGUAUGUUUUCUUUUUGUGAUAUGUCCAUGUAUCUCAUUCUGUUUUUGUUUUUUAGUACCCCUUUUCUGAAAUUAUUUAAAGCCAAAGAAAACGGGAAUGUUUUGGUUAGAUCACAGGAGUAUUGAUUGUUUUUUGGGAGCGUUUUGUUGUUAUAUCAUGUUUCAGAAAUGAAGCUUUCCUUGUGCUGUAUUAUUAGUGUGAAAACCUGUACAUUUUAGUAUCAUCAGGUUGAAAAUUAUACUUGUUUAAGUUUUCUUCUGUGUAUGCCAUAUUGAUAUACCAUCUACGGUAUGUAAAGGGCUAUGGCUGUUGAGGUACGGUGCUCAGGUAGGUGUGCUUCUUUUUAAAAACUAUAUCCAUUUGUAUGUGUGUAAAUUCAAGUGGAUAUGUUAGUGGAUCUGUCAUGUAGGUAUGAUUUUCAGUACAGUUUCUGAUAUAUAUGGCCUGUCAGUUGUCAAACCCUAUAUUUAUGCAAAUAAUUCCCAGUCCUUAGUAUAUUAUUGCAGCUGCCAUAUAUGGUGAUUUACUAAGCCGAUUUCUUCUCAGGGGUACAGAUGUACCAGAUGUGUCAAGUUUUCUUCUUGUUAUGUGCCAACAUUUAUAUCAUUAAUAUCAAUGUACCAUGUGAUGAUGAGUACAUUAGCAUUUUCUUUUACAUAUGUCAGUAGUUAUAUGCAAGAUAUGAAUACUGAUAAUUGUUCAUUAGGUCUUGCAUGAUUAUCCUUACAGACUGUUCAGGGAUUUCAACAUUACUGCACUUUUAUAACAGAUAUUAGUGUCUGUAUGUAUUGAGAGCUAAUGUUGAUUCAAAAUGAGUUCCAUCACUGCUACUCUGUGCCACUUUCACAAAACGUCAUAAAUUAAUUUUUCGUAACUCUUGUCUUAAAUGACGUGGCCUCACGGCACUGUUACCUAGACAGUACCUUUUACGAAAAAUGUUACCAGAAAUGUGACUUACAAACUUUUGUGCAUGCAGUAUUAAAACAUACCAGCUUCUAGAUGGCAAUCUGACGAAGGCUUCUGGGGGACCCAUUAUGUUAGACUUUUUAUGUAUGUAUCUUAGAACAGUUGUGUCUUGUCAGAGAUAUUACCAGACCACAUAUGGGUUCACUAUUCCAGGUAUCCUGUAAGUACUGAGGCAUUCCUUGUGUAUUGAAACGCGUACAGAAACGUGUCUAUUUAACUUUCAAGUAUUCGUACAAUUACUUAUUUAGUCAUGCCAGUUUGAAAGCUCCCAAAUCCAGGAACAACUAGUGGUGCUAGUAAUUGGUAAUUAGGUUAUAUAAAGACAAACUCCGGGAUAAAGAAACAUUGAUUUUCACACAUUUACAUGUUCUGUGAAAUACAUAAUACAUCGUAAACACAUUUGUUUAGGUACUCCAUCGUUUCAGUGGGAUUUUAUCGGAAGAAAUGUUGAAUACAUCCACGAAAAUGAUGUUUUAUUUUUCUUAUACAUGAAUGAUAUUUUAUUUUUCUUGUACACAUGUGGCAUUUGUAGUGUAACUGUUUUUCCCUCGUAUAGCAAAGUCUGCCAGCUGUACGAUAUGAUUUCUUCUUUAAAUAUAGUCUGCUUUUUAUCUCUAAGAAUGGAAUUAAGCAGCAGUAGUAAGUGCUCAUUUCAGAUAUAUGCAUUGUAUAACGGAGCGCAAUUCGGAAAGUAAAAGAGUAUAUUACAAGUGAAGGGCUGUACCAUAAUACCAAGUCGCUUCACUUUUUCAAUGCGCUUUUGAGAGUCCGUGCCGGUUUGGCCUGUAGUUGAAUGCACUUUUAGUUGUUGGAUAGUAAACAACAUGUGUUUGUUCAAAAGAGGUGUCAAGGACUCGCUGAUUUUUAUACGGUUUUGUGGUGUGUAUAUAGAACGGAUACUCGCAUCUCUUCUUUUGAGACUGGGACCAGUGUGACCCGAAACUUGACAUAGGUGUAUUGUUCCCAUUAAAUAACAUUGUGGGACAGGCUGCAAGUCACAGAUUGCUGGAUUAUGUAGGGAUCUUAUUUCUUGGUGACAUAGUUUAUGUUGGCCUUCAUCGACUAACACAACUUCAUGGAGCACAGCUGUGGAGGUUACCAAGGAGCUGAUAAUACUGUUUGUAAUAAAUCCCAAGUGAAACUGUUUAUGUCUGUUCACGGUAGUGUUGGAUAUUUAUAUUGAACCCCAUGGAAGAUCCGGUGUAUGGACUAUAGUCCGCACAAGUCCUAUUCAUUGUGAUAAUUUGUAUUGGGCAUUUUACCGUGUGUCACGUCAUUCCUUUCAUGAAGUCUUGUCUUAUGCCCUAUCACUAUGUAGCAAGUGUUUAAGAAUUAUGCGGUUCUGACCCACUGUCUUGGAGAUUACAUCGUGUUAUGAAGCGCAUAAAACGAAGGUUUUUUUCUAUAAUACACAGAAGAAAAGCGUUAGGUACGUGUAUGUAUGCCCAGAAAAAAAAUCACUUUAUCCGCUAAUAAUCAUGAAGUAUUAGUCAGAAACAUUGAAAUGUUUAAAUUAAAUUAAAUUAAAUGUCUAGAUCGGCAUUUAGGCAUAUAUACAAAAGCAUGCAUUCCAUGCAGAAAACUCGGUUUAUUCAAUCUCACAGUAUGAAUCCUGAAUGUAUUCCACUUUUUUUCUUUCACAACGAAAGAUCAGACAAAAAUAAACAAUACACAUUUUA